AUGCGGUGGAGUCGCCAGAGAUCGCCUGGUACAUCUGGUGACCACUGGAAUGGUCUUCUUCCUGAAGUGCCGGGUAUCCCUGCGGCAAGCCAUGCCGUCCAGGAGAUGCCGGCGCGAGAUGGCAGCACCAUUCACAUUCCUCCAGAGCUUCUGUCAGGUGAUCACGAUGCAGAAUCCAUGAUUUCCAGUGCAAGUUUCGUGGCAUUCGCCGAGACACUUGUUGAGAACUGUGGCUCACUCGUGAGGGCUUUCAACUUCUUUGACUACAAUCAUACGGGCAAGGUCACCCGCACCCAGUGGGAUGCAGGCAUCUCCUCCCUGCACAUUGACGUUCAGGCUUUGUGUGGGGUGUCGACCAAGCAGGUCUAUAAGAUGAUGGACUCCAUUCGCGGACACGGCAAAGGCGAAGUUCAGCUUGAGAAGUGGAUCGCCUUCUUCGAGCAGCACCUGACGCCCCUGCACACGCAUCUGCUCGACGAAGACCGUGGUGACAUGCGAAACCGGCGCUGGAGCCAAUCCAGCCAAACAAGCCAGAGCAGCCGCGGACGCCGUCCCAGUUUCAGCAACCGAGCCAGCGAAGAGGUUCGAGCAG